UUUUAAUUUUCGGUCGUCAAUCACUAAACUUUCCUCGACCUUAAUCAUUACACCUUUUACAUGGUGGUCUUUUUUUCCUUGGUUGUCUUUCCCGCGAGUCAGCAGGUUAAAUAAUUUUGCGGCGUCUUGUUACCUGGCAAUGAGUCGUGCACCGUCCUGAGAACACACUCUCACGUUUAAUCCACUUUAUCCCCUGACAUUACGAUACAGUUACGAUUUCUCACUGUCUGUCAACAACACACAAACAUACCACUUAAUCGUAAUUUAGUCCGAGGUUACUCUCGCUAAAGAUAAUAAUUUCCUAUUCAACGAGACAACGAUAAUCUACUCUGCCCUCAGAGGUUCACAACCAGACGCGUUCUCGUCUACUUUACGAUGGCUGAGACGGUGACUCAAUCACCUCACGAACCAACAACCACGAAUAUUCUAGGUCGCGGUGCGACUAUUAGUAUUCCGCCUUCUUCCGCGAUGGCAGCGCCCGCGAAUACCCCCAUCAACCGCCUUCGAAAUCAACUCGGUAUACCAGCCUCUAGUCCAGUCAACCAGAAUGGAAGUUUCGAAUUCGAUCGCGUACUCAAGUCUGGCUAUGUGCAGAAGCGGACUCAAAAGACCAAGACCUGGAAGUCGGUUUACAUCGUCCUGAGACCCAGUGCUAUCUCCAUGUAUAAGACGGACAAGGAGAAUAAGCUACGACACAUGAUCUACACCUCCGAACUGUCAGCAGUGACUCUGCUCAAGGACCCGAAAAACAAACGACAGCACCUCUUCGGUCUAUUCUCGCCAGCGAGGAAUUAUCAUUUCGAGGCCCCAACUACGAAAGAUGCGCAAGAAUGGGUGGAUCUAAUUAGGAGAGACGCGAGAAUCGAGGAGGAAGAAGAAGAGAUGUUCCUGGCAAGCACCGUUGCGCGCCGACAGACCUUUGCUCCCGUUGGCAUGUUGCAUAAUGGAUCAAAAGCAACACAUUCGCCUCCGGGAAACGAAAGACCAUUAUCAAGCUCUCCCGAACCGAUCGAUCCCAGAGCGUCGAGAUCUAUACCAUCAACAGCGCGAAGACUUUCGCAUCAUGACUAUUCCGGCCUUUCUGGGAACGAAAUGGCUUCACAUUCGGAUCUAUCUGAUAACGAGGGGACACGAGCCCAUGGUGCUUCCAUCGAAAGUCUCACAGCCCGGUCACCUGCUACCUCGGGAACGAAAAUAGAAUCCGGUUCGAACGAGCGCCCAAUAAUAGGAAACAGAAACGCAAGCCAGCUGAGCGGCUUGAAUAUUGAGAACGAUCCGGAUCGUGUUGUUUGGCAAGGCUGGCUUUGGUUCCUGAACAGCAAACGUGGUGUUAAGCAAUGGAAGAAUCGCUGGGCCGUCCUCCGACCGCGAAACCUAAUACUGUAUAAAGAUGAAUCGGAGUAUAAGGCCUCCUUCAUCCAGUCUUUGUCGGUCAUCGUUAAUGUCGUGGAUAUCGACCCCGUUAGCAAGACCAAGCUACAUUGUUUCCAAGUCAUCACGGAUGAAAAGAGUUACCGCUUUUGCGCCCACGACGAAGAGACGCUAGUGCAGUGCUUGGGCGCGUUCAAGAGUCUACUCUCGAAACGGCGGGAAUUAGAGGCCCGAGCAGCUGCGUCGGGAAAUGUAGCAACAGCCCAAUCGACGGCAUAAUCUUACCAAGCAAACUGCUGUGUUUCUUUUUUUAUUCGUGAUACCCCCUUAGGAGACGUAUGGUGAGACCGCAUUUCGGACGUGGGACAGUCAGGCACGCAGGUGAUGGGCGCAAGACCUGUCUCAGUACUACGAGCUGAGAGGUGGUGGUUGUGAGAGGCUCGUACAAAGAGUGAUGAUGCCAUUCUUAACGAACCAGUUACGAUGCAAAAUGCAUUUGAGAACAUGCGCAUACCCUCUACGGUAUGAUAAUGACAUAGCUGUACAGCCUAAUACUAUUACUACAUUAGUCAGGCGCAUGGUAAUUCGAAUGCCGUGCGCUGCCUACUAUACUACUUAAUAUAACAAAGAGAGCUCUGAGAU